UUAUCACGAAGCCAUUGAGAGGGAAAAAAUGGAAGCCAGUUCUGUAAACCCCGGACUCACAGUCUUCCUGUGUGUGUGUGUCUCACUGCUGCCGUUCACGGUGGAUUCAGAACUAUGCUGCCUCCGGGAAACCCAUACACUGCGCUAUGACCUCACAGUCCGGUUUCCGGAGGACUCUUGGGAGCCCCUGUCCCCGAUCCUAGUAUACGUUGAUGAUGAGCUCUUCCUGCGCUACAACGGGGACAGCAGGAGAGCAGAGGCCGUGGGGCCCAAGAUCAAGGGACAUGCAGGAGCUAAGAACUGGACAAGAGAGACUGAGGACCUGCAGAAAAAGGAGGAGCAACUCAGGAGAAUACUGGCUGAGGUCACAAGCCAGCAGGGCCAGAAGAAGGGCCUUCACACCCUCCAGGAAACCUUGGGCUGUGAGCUUCAGGGAAACCAGAGCACUGGAGGCUUCUGGCGCCUGGGCUACGAUGGGCAGGACUCCCUCACCUUUGACCAGAAGACUCUCAGAUGGACAAUGACUAUGCCCUCCACCCAGCAGACCAAGGUGUUCUGGGAGACACGUGCACCCAGAGCUGAUGAAUUUAAGACUUUCUUGGAGGACAUAUGUCCUGCUCAGCUCCAGGGAUAUCUGGCUUUCUUGAAGAACUUUCCACCGGAUACAGGCCUCCCGGAGGUGAAGGUGACCAACACGACAUACCCAGUGGGCAGGAUCACCCUGACAUGCUGGGCUUUUAACCUGUAUCCUCGUGAGGCCACCCUGGCCUGGCUUCAGGAUGGGAAGCCGGCACAGCAGCCUACCUUUGGGCCUGGGACCAUCCUGCCCAGUGGGGACGGGACCUACCAGACCUGGGUGUCCAUUUGGGUUCUUCCUGGACAGGAACCAGAGUUCACCUGCCACCUGAGGCACCAAACCCAUGACAUCAAGGUCCCUGCUGCCCCUGGUGAGAAAAUGGGGCAACCAUUCACCUCAGGGGGUAGGAGGCAGGGGCAGGAAGGACCCAUAGGACACAAUCACCACUCACUUCAUGGCAGUCCAGGGCGUGCUGCUGAGUACAUUCAUGAUGCUGCCACCUCCCAAGCUGCCUCAGCUGUUUCUGCACUCCCCAUUGUGUUGGUGAUGGUGCUGGCCAGAGCCAACUGAAGCCCGAACACAAAGAACAGAAAACUACCGGAGGGACUAACAGUUGGAGGCCCCAGUAAGAUCAAGACUCCCAACCCAUAUUCUGAAGCCAGACCUUCACUCCGGGACUCCAGGACUCCAGUGCUGCCUUGGAAGGUGCACACCUUGAAGAUGUUCCAAGACUCCAAAGAAUGCUUUCAUUUUGGCAAAUGGUUGUAGUGUAGGAAAAAGAAACUAGGAAGCACCUGUCUGAGGAGUGCUCCAUUGGUAAGUCAUAGAGGGCAUCUCCUUCUAUGGCAGCAUUUCUCAACCUGUUGGUCUCCACCAUCAGAAAACACAUAUUUCCAAUGAUCUUAGGAGCUGAUGCCUCACUCAGUAGCAAAGUUACAGUUAUGAAGUAGCUACAGAAAUAAAUUUAUGGUUGGGGGUUCC